CUAUAAAAAUAAUAUUACAUUGUAAAUAAUAAAUAUUUUAAUAUAUUUUCUAUACUAUUGACAUAAUUUUUAUAUUCAUUUAACAAAAAUUAAAGAAGAAGGAUUUAUAUAGAGAAGUUAUAAGAUUAUAAAGAAAAGAUUAAAAUGAAUCGCCGGUUUAAUAAACCUAUUCGUACUUAUGAAAGGAAAAAAAUUAGAGAAGUAGUAAUUUCAAUACCAAAAAUAAAUAAUUCAGAUGAUGCUAAUAAUAAAAAUAAUGCUUUGUUGAAUCAAAAUUUAAACGAAGAAAGUAAUGAUUCUAUGUAUGAUGAUCCUUUUGAGACUACAUUCGAUAGACUCCUUAAGAAUACGAGAAAACCUCUACCACCAGCACCUAAAACAUAUAAUGAUACAAUAUUAAUAACUAGCACAGAUAGUAAAUCUGAAGUAAGUAAUCAUAAGUCUUCAUUACUUGAAAUAUAUAAUUUUGAUACAAAAUUAAUUUCUAAUGAGAAAGUAAUGCAUAAAAAGCCAAAAAUGCGAGUUGUAAAGAAAACAAUAAUAAAAAAAAAAACAUCUAUAUCACAAAAUAGUAAAAAAUUUAAAGUAUAUAAAGAUGAAUCUCAAAAGAAAUAUGAAUUACGUAAAACAAGAAAUAAUAAAAAAAUAUUAUCUAAAAAUUUAAAUGUUGAUUGUUUAAGUUUUAAUUUUAAUGAAACUCCUCAAAGUAAAAAACGCAAUCAAAAUAAAAGAAAAACUUCUAAUAAAAAAUAUUUUGUAAAAAAGAAAAGAAAAGAUGAUAAUAAUAUCUCAAGAAUAAAAUCUUCUAAUAAUAUAGAAAUAAAAUCAUGUUACGUUAGUUUGGAUAGAUCCAUUGUAACACAAUGGAAUAAUAAGUUAAAUGCAAUAGAGAAUAAUUUAGUGAAGAAAAAUGAUAAAUUAUUGGAUCAAUAUUCGAUUAUUAAUACCAAUAUUGAUAAUUUUAAAUCUAAUAUUGAAAAUGUGAAAUGUUGUUCUAUUAAAAAAGAACAAUUAAAAAUAGAUUCAUAUGUAAAACCAUUCAACAUUGAGAAAAAAUAUAAAGAUAUAUUCAGUAGUACACCUAAUGGUAAACCUAUUAGACCAUCUGUUCAUUUGAUUCCUUUAUCACCAAUUUCUAUUGAACAUUUAAAAAAAAAUAAAAAUUCUAUAAUGCUUGCAAAUAAUACUUUAAUUAAUGAAAAUAAUGAAGUUUCAUUAGAAUCCAAAUUUAUAACUAAUGAUAUAUGCAGAAAUAUAGAAGAAAAAUGUGUAUUCGAAAAUAAAUCUAAGUUAUUAUCUAAUUUCAGUGAAUGCAAUUUAAAUCAAUUAGAAAAUAUAGAUAAAAAAAAUAUUAAUUUAUUGACUAUAUUUAACUAUACUACUAAUGAACAUUGUAAACAAAAAAGAGAAUCUUUAAUAAAAAUAGAUUCAGAACAAAAUAUUUCAAAAAAUCAAACUAAACAAGAUGAGCUAAAUAAAUUAAUAACACAAGAAUAUAAAAUUUCAAAUAUAAAAAUGGAUGAAUAUUACUUAAAAUUUUCUAUUGAUGAAAAUAACUCAUGUUCUUUAUUUGAUAGCAAUGAAAGUAUUCAAAAUAUAUUACAUAAUUUUCCUGAAGAAUCUAAGGAAAUUGAAGAUAAAAACAAUAGUAUACUAAUUGAACAAACUUUAUCAAAUGAAAACAAUAUAUCAAAUAAAAAAUAUUCUUCCAUAGAUAGUGAAAACAAUAUAUCAUCAUGUCAUGUAGUUUUAAAACAAUUGCAAGAUCCCUUUAGAAUUACAAGAAGAAAAAAAUAUUCUAAAUGGGAUCUUGAAUUAAUUGCAGAAGAUUCUAAUAAUAGUAUCAAAUUGAAAGAAAAAUCUAUGCAUUCAAAAAAAGAAAUUAAGGAUAAACAAAUAUUACAAAAAAGAUCAUCAAUUUUAGAAAAUGUAAUAGAGAAAUCUAAUAAUAAUAAUUGUAUAGAAAUAAAGAAACCUAUAUAUUUAAAACCAGGCAAAUCUUGGGCAAGAUCUUUAUCAAUUUUAAAUAAUAUACAAACUGAAUUUAAUUUAGAAAAAUUAUCUGUUGGAAAAGGUAAAAAAUGGAGAGAUAGUGUUCAGGAUAUUUUGAAUAUGCAAACACAAGGAAUUAUACAAAGUUGUAUAAAAAAAAAUGAUAGUGAUAAAGAAUUACAAAUAACUAAUGAAGUAAUUAAUAAAUCUGAACAUGAAUUGGUUAAUAAAAAGAGUAGGACCUGUGAUUCUACCAAUUUUGGACGUGUUUCAAGAAGGAUAUCAGUUCGUGUUAUUCCAAUUCAUAAAACAGUAAAAUCCAUUGAAGAUGCACCAUUUCUUGAAGUUUAUGGCAUUGUUCCUGUUAAAAGUCAGAGAUUUACAUUAUUAAAUAAUAAUCCUCGAAAAUCUUCUACAUGCAACUUUCAACAUGAUGAUAUUGAUGGUCAAAUUAUUAGAGAACAUGUAGUUUUAACAGCUAGAGAAGUUAUUUUACAAAGAUGUUCACAAAAGGAUUACAUAUCAUUUUCAACAUAUUUUUCAGAUUUAUACUUAGAACACUGUCGAAAAAUUGGAGAAGGUGUAUAUGGAGAAGUUUUUCUUUAUGAACAAGAAAAUAAAAAAUCUGUUAUAAAAAUUAUUCCUAUAGAAGGUAAUGAUUAUGUUAAUGGAGAACCACAAAAAAAAUUUCAUGAAAUAUUAUCAGAAAUUGUAAUUGCAAUGGAAUUACAUAAUUUGAGAUUCAAUGCAAGAUACAAUACUGAUGGAUUUGUAGAAGUAAAAAAUAUUAAAUGUAUAAAAGGAAAAUAUCCAGAAAGACUUAUAGAAUUGUGGAAUAUCUAUGACGAAGAAAAACAUUCGGAUAAUGAUUGUCCAUCAAUGUUUAAUGAUGAUCAGUUAUACAUUGUUCUUGAACUUGGACAUGGUGGUCAAGAUCUAGAAGCAUUUGUAUUUAAUACUGCAGAGGAAGCUCAUAUUUUAUUUCUACAGGCUGCAUUAGCAUUAGCUGUUGCAGAAAAAGCUGUUGAAUUUGAACACAGAGACUUGCAUUGGGGAAAUAUAUUAAUAUCUCCGACAACUGAAACUUAUGUACAUUUUAAAAUUGGACAAAAAAACAUUGAAUUGAUUAGUAAAGGUGUAAAGGUAUCUAUUAUAGAUUUCACUUUAUCAAGAAUAAAAUAUCAAGGAUGUAGUGUAUUUAAUGAUCUUGCAUCAGAUCCUACACUUUUUUCAGCUCAAGGUGAAUAUCAAUUUGAAAUAUAUCGAUUGAUGAGAGAUAAAGUUAAGAACAAUUGGCAAACAUUUGAACCUUAUACAAAUAUUUUAUGGUUGCAUUAUACUUUAGAUAAAAUGAUUACAGCAGUUAGGUAUAGAAAAAGAAAUUUAAAAACUCAUAAAAAUGGCAUAACAAAGUUGAAAGAAUUGAAAAAUGAAAUUUUGAUAUAUAAUAGUGCCUUUGAGUUUGUAACAAACUGUGAUAAAAUUGAUAAUUUAUUACACAUUAAUCCAAAAUCUGGGUGACACAUAUAUAAAAAAGAAAAUAUACAAUUGUAUAUAAACAGUAAAUAACAA